AUGGCACAAGAAAAUCAAGACAGUUUGAGCGCAUUGAAGAGAAUGCGAGAAAAUGUCAAUUGGGAGAUGGAAAAUGAGCGACGUAAAUUUUACUGGAAAUUUUGCAGCUUAAUCACUAAUUGGCAGGGCCCACUUCCUAACCUCCGAGACAUUUUUCUUCCCGACGAGAUCGAUUGGCUUCUCGCGGAGCCUUUUAAAUCGUACGGAGGGGAUCAAAAAACACUCGUUGACUUUGUGAUCAAUACCGGCUACAAAGAUGAAGACUGCAAGCAUUUGUUACUUCGCACCACACCCAUACAUUGUUCGGCUAAACGUUGGUUUCCUGGCAAGGAUAUCGUGGUCGGUAAGCUUUUUAAAAUUUACGACAGUUUCGACGUGAAUUACGUCGACGAAGAUGGAUUAACGCAUUUUCACAUGGCCUGCAAGCACGGCUGUGUCGACGUCGUGAAGAAAUUCCUCGAGCUCGGCCAGGAUAUCAACUGCAUCGCGCCAGAAACAGGUGACUCGCCGCUUCACUUGGCGCUGGAGAACUAUAAGACGGAGGUGGCUAAAUUGCUGUUGAGAAAUGGCGCCAGUCUGACUUUGGCCAAUAAGGACGGAUCGACACCUCUGCACUUGAUUUUCAAGAUAGACGCCGAUGGCGGUUUGACGGAGAUGUUCUUUGAGAUAUGCAGAGACAGACGCCAGACAAUACAGGUCGACGCCCGGGACAAAGAGGGUAACACACCGUUAUACUUGGCUCUGAGUUACGACAGAAAGAAGGCGGUUGAAACACUUUUAAGAAAUGGCGCCAAUCCGAACUUGGUCAACGAUAAAGGAAAGACACCUCUGCAUAUUAUGUGCCGUGGAUGGAUUCAUGAAGACUUGGUGAAGAUGUUUUUAGAUAUCAGUGACACAUUGAAUCGUCCUGUACAGGUCGAUGCCCGGGACAACGAGGGUAACACACCGCUGCACUUUGCUCUGCUCAACUGCCGGCUAGAUGUGCCAAAAUUGCUGCUAAAACACCGCGCCGAUCCGAAUGCGGCCAACCAGGAAGGUUCGACUCCUCUGCACUUGAUUUGCAAGAAUGUUCAAAGUGGCCCUAAAUUGUUGCGGAUAUUCUUCAAGACUUGUGACGAGGUCCAGCAGACGGUUCAGGUCGAUGCUCGAGACAAGUUGGGCCAGACACCGCUUCAAUUGGCCGUGACACAUCUCUCGUUGGAUGCGGUCGAUGUUCUAUUGGAUCGUGGCGCUGAUUUGUUUGAAUUCUCUUUUCCCACCAAGAGCCUCUUCAAGCACGUAUAUGGAAUUGGGUAUGAUUGCUCUAAAUUGCAAUUAGUGUCAAACGUUCUGCGAGUCGUCGAGCAUCUCAAAGAUAAAGGAUAUGAGCUGGACCGAAACGACGUCCUGACGAUAGUGUCGUCGUUCUCCGAGUACGGAUUGUUCGAGAAGUCGGUGGAUCUCGAUAAAUCUUGGUACGACGACGUGAGGUUCGCAGAAAAAGCAAAAAACAUAAUGAUAAUCAAACCGGACUUGUCGCUCUACGACUUGACCCGGCUAAGACCCAUAGAGACGAAAAAACUACUCGCUAAAAAGGAAUACAUCAAGUUUGCGUGCACGAAAAAAUUAAAUAAGCUCCUUACAAGGCACAGGAGGCCUUGUGCUUUGUAUCUGUGCGAGAAAAUAUCGAGAGAAUUUUUCCGGCGCUGGGCACUGGAUGCUUUCUUGGAGCUGACGAACUAUCAACUUCACAAGGACAGUGAAAUAAAAAGUGAAAUGGAUUGUGAAAACGAAAAACCGGUGAGGGGUAGAAAAGCUCAAAAAAAGCUGUACGAUGUAUAG